AUUUGUGUGCCUGACCCCGUUUUUGGUGCUGGGGAUGCCCCCCUUAAACCUGGGGCCCUCAGUUUAAAACCCACUAGUUCAGUUUUAAAGUUCUCUGGUCCCUGACCUUUCCAGUCCACUCACAGCCCCAAAUCUCUACAGGAAUAGAGGAUUUGUGAGUAGACAGCAUGGAACCAGGUCCCUAGGUGGAGGGCGACACAGGGUUGAUGGGAUGGAAACCAGGGCCGGACUGUUGGGGGUCAUCACUGGGUGUGACUUCAUCUACUUCAUGUCUUGCCUGUGAGCUAGACUUAGGAUGGUUCCUGCCUGCGCUCCUGGGUACAGUCUAGUGGAGAUUCCAGGAGCUUCUUUAUCUAGACAGUUUAGGUACUUGCUCUGUUCCUCACACAGUCUGGACAACACUGAGGACACAGCGUGGCCAAGGUAGUCCUGGACCCUAUCCUCACAGGGCUCCGAGUCCAAAAGUAACAUACCUGUCAUCAAAUGGUGACAGCACCAAGUCUCAGCUGUGAGAGCCUGAGGUGGUGUGGUGAGGUGAGGUGAGGGCUUUCUAGAGAAGGGAACAUUUUAGAAAAUAGCCUAGGGUAAAGGACUUUUCUGAUUGCAUCCCCACAGCCUAUCAUCUCCCUUCCCUUGGAGGGACAAUGCUGGGGCACAGGAAUGGCCAGUUCAGUCUCAUCCCUUCCCUCACAGGAAGUAUUUUGGAGCUUUGUGAAGGGGACACAGGCUACAAAAAAGAGGAAGACCAGUCGGUCUUUAAGCUCAGAGGUGCAACAUCUAUAUACGUGUGAGAUGGAGCCACGGUUGGCUAGUUGGGCUAAAAGGGACCCCAGAGGCCACCCUCCCUGCUCAGGAAGAGUGGGCAGGGAAGGAAGGCCUCCAGUCUGGGAAGUCCCUUUCCGGACAGGUCCCUGUGUUGGGGCAACAGCGCCCUCUGCUGGCCUCUCCUGGUGAUAUAGUCCCUGCCUUGCCUAUGUGGCGAAUGGGCCCACUUCCCUCCAGAUCCCUUAUUUCCAGUCCCUUACCCCAACACCACCUGCCAGAUCCCCACAGAAUAUAAAGGAGUUAAAGCUACUUAAUACGGCAUAUGGGGGCAGCCGCAUGCCUGGCCCCUGAUGACCUCACUAGCUUCGUCUUUUGCUGCUACCCCUUUGAACUUAAGAUCCGUGGUUUGUUCUGGGGAAGUAACAAGUCCCCUGUACAAUCUAACUGCCAUGAAUUAUAUCCACAUAUACAUGGAAUUUGCAUAAAGAUGUACGAGGUUCUCAAAUCCUCUACAGCCCAAUUAUGACCUUCAACUUAGAACUCUUUCUAUUCCCUGGCCAUACACUGAAGUCCUUGCAGCAAGCAGAACUAUCCAUGCCUGCCCGCCCUUCUGGGUCUUUGCCUCGCACAUUCCCCUGCCUGAGACCCUUAUCCUAGUUCAUACCCGUCAGGAUGAAUUGGGCAUCCCCGCCUCCCAAAAAAAGCCUUCCCUGACCCUCCGGGUUGGAGCUGCAGCUCCCUUAGCCCUCUCAGUCCAUCAGAGCCCUGGGCACUCAGGGUGGUCACUGAUGUCGUCUAUUCUUGGUAACACACCUGAGUUCCUACCCAUCACCUAGGGGCAAAGCAGGGCCACGGUGUUCUCCCUCCACAUCUCCAGAUUCUCUAGGUCCUCACCAACCAUAUCGUGAGCCAGGAACCGGGUAUGAAGACAGAAGAAAGAGGCAAGGCUUAGUAAAUAAUACUCUGAAGUGCUGAAGAAAUAAGGGGAUAGACGGGACUAAACUAGAGCACAAACCCUUUGAGUCCCUAGAGUGUACCUCAUUCAACCAUCCAUCCUAAAAUCAAUCAUGCCGGGCUCUGGAGUCACAGCAGUGAACAAGUUGUACAAUGGUUCAGAUACCUCCUGAUAUUUCAAAUUCGUAGCAGUUCAGAUGGGCGUCGGGCGGAAGGGCCUCAGACCCUGGCCCCCUAUUCCUUCCUGGCUCCGGAGGGCGGGACCAGAUGAGGCACGCAUGCGCAUAGGGAGGUCCGUCUUCGGCCCGGAACUUUGGUUCUGGGCGCGGCGGAGCACGGGGUCCCGGAAGUGUGCUCAGCCGGAAGUUGCUGCUGAGAAACCUGUAGACGGGUUUAGAAACCCUGCUACGGCGGUUUAACAAAUCAUAGAAAGUCUGGAUGGAGCCCGUGGCGACCGCGGCGGCGGUGAGGGAACCUGAUGAAGUCUGCACGGAGCCCAGUCCUGGGCACUGGGGGGAACUGAACUGGACAACGGUCCCAACCAAACCCCUGGACAAGGUGGAAGCAGCAGAGAGAGUGCCAAGGGCCCUGGACAACAACCCUCCUGGGGCCAAGAACGAGACUGAGGCGGUGAGUGCUAUGCUGCGUGCCGUGGCUGCCAGUCGCCUGCCUGUAUGCAGCCAACAGCAGGGCGAGCCCGACCUGACUGAGCAGGAGAAGGUGGCCAUCCUGGGCCAGCUGUACCACGAAAAGCCACUGGUAUUCUUGGAGCGCUUUCGCACCAGCCUCCGUGAGGAGCACCUAGCCUGCUUUGGCCACUUGCGCGGUGACCACCGUGCAGACUUCUACUGUGCUGAGGUGGCCCGGCAGGGCGCUGCCCGGCCCCGCACCCUGCACACACGCCUGCGUAACCGGCGCUACGCUGCCCUGCGUGAGCUCAUCCAAGAGGGUGAGUACUUCAGUGAUGAGCAGAUGCGGUUCCGGGCCCCGCUGCUGUACGAGCAGUACAUCGGGCAGUACCUAACACAGGAGGAGCUCAGCGCCCGCACGCCAGCCCACCAGCCACCCAAGCCCGGCUCCCCUGGCACGCCCGCCUGCCCGCUCUCCGACCUGCUGCUCCAGUCCUACCAGGAGCGGGAGCUGCAGCAGCGGCUGCUCCAGCAGCAGGAGGAGGAGGAGGCCUGUCUGGAGGAGGAGGAAGAGGAAGAGGACAGUGAUGAGGAAGACCAGAGCCCUGGCAAAGACUCGGAGGCCUGGGUUCCCGACUCAGAAGAGAGGCUGAUCCUGCGGGAAGAGUUCACUAGCCGGAUGCACCAGCGCUUCCUGGAUGGCAAGGAUGGGGACUUUGACUACAGCACCGUGGACGACAACCCCGACUUUGACAAUCUGGACAUCGUGGCCCGAGACGAGGAGGAGCGGUACUUCGAUGAAGAGGAGCCUGAGGACGCGCCUAGCCCAGAGCUGGACGGGGACUGAUGGCCCGGCCACCCGCCCUGCCCCCACACAAACAAAGCAGCUGAUCACAGGCUGGCUCAGUGACUUUUUGCAGGGGUCCCAGUGCAGCCACCCACACCACCAGCCUCAUGGGGUCUGGUGCCAUCUUAGACUGUCCCUCCCCAUGUCUGGGGUUAGCUUGCCCCCCACCCACCCACGCAACCCUGCCUCCCUCUUCCUUGCUGUCUCUCUGGGCUUCUGUCUCUUUUUCUCCCUGCCUUUCUGUCUCCUGCUUUCCACUUCUCUCUUCCUCUCUCCAUCUCACUUUUUCCUCUGUGCCUUGGUCUGCGUCCCCAUGACAGGGCCCAAGGUGAAUGUCUUCCCCUUAACCAAGGCCCUUGGGGCCCUUCGUAGCUAGAGCAAGCCAGGUUGACACCAGUCAACUCAGGGUCAGUUUUGAGCUGUCAGUGCUAACCCCUGGGCCCCAGAGCAGCUGUCUCCCCUCCUGGUCCCUGCCUCUGUCAUCCUCCACCUGUCCUGUUUGUUUCUAGUUCUCCUUGCUUCUGUUACCUUCCCUUCUCUCAUUCAGCCUUGUGGGCCUGUGGUUCUUCCUGCUGGCUCAUUUCCAUCUCGCUGUCUCUGUCUCUGAGGCUUUAUCUCUGGGUUUCAAUGUCAUCUGACUGCUGAGUAGUGCGGCCUCACUGCAAGCAGUUGGGAGACCCCAGGGGUGGCGGCGGCUGUCACUUCUCCAUCAGGACCCAGGCCUGGGAGGGGCGGGCAGCGGCAGCACUGGGGAUCAUCAGCCUGCCAGCUUACGUGUGGGGGGAGGUGUGCAAGCAGUGGGGACUCUCCCCUCCCAGCUCCAUGGCCCCCCUCUGCCCAGCCACAAUUUUCCCUUCCUUCAUUUCCUCCACCUCCUUCUCCCUCUCCUGUUUACACUCCCCAAAUACGCACAGGCUGUUAUCAUGGGUCCUGAGUCAUCCCACACACAGCCUGCCCCUAGUCUCUGCCCCCAGCCAGCCACAGGGCCCGCCCCACGGAGCCCCCUGCCGCCCCAGGCUAAUGGGAGCCAGAUGGCCGCCUAGUGACUCAGCCACCGGCCUGUGGGAACCCAGGCGUCCCGCCUUCCCAUGCCCCCACACCCAGCUCACGCUCCCCCGGUAGACACACAUGGAAAAGGGCCGGCUGCUGGGGAAAGGUACGGCCAGGGAGCUGGGGUCUGGGGAUGCCUCAGUCCUGUGCGCCCGAGUGGUGGCAUACUUCCACGGGCAAGCCUGAAGGACCCUCCAAGCCACUUCCUUGGGCAUGUGGCCCAGAGUGAGGGUAGACCCCGAGGCCUGGGCCCGUGGCUCUUGACCCCAGGCCUCAGCUCUGCCCUCUGGGUCAACCAGAAUUAGAGCCAGACACAGAAAGUGAGAACUGGACAGGGGCCAAGGGAUAUCCAGGCUAUUAAAUGAGGCUAUUAAAAAAGGAAA